GGCCUUCAAAGUAAGAAAUUGACCUUUGUCCCAAUUCCUCACUCUAACCACACGCUCAAAUUACUCAGAGACAUGGCUUCAUUGGGUGGGUUACAAAGUGGCAUCAAUUUGCUUAUCAAAGAGGGUCCAAAAGUAAAUGCAAAGUUUGAGCUGAAGCCUCCACCAUACCCACUGAAUGCUUUGGAGCCGGUUAUGAGUCAGCAGACACUUGAGUUUCAUUGGGGGAAGCACCACAAGACUUAUGUGGAAAAUCUGAAAAAACAAGUUGUUGGGACAGAGCUUGAUGGAAAGACACUAGAAGAGAUCAUAGUCACAUCAUACAAUAAGGGUGACAUUCUUCCACCUUUCAACAAUGCAGCACAGGUGUGGAACCAUGACUUCUUCUGGGAGUGCAUGAAACCAGGUGGAGGUGGAGAGCCAUCUGGGGAACUUCUGGAACUUAUUGAAAGAGACUUUGGUUCAUUUGAAAAAUUCCUGGCUGAGUUUAAGGCUGCUGCUGCAACACAAUUUGGUUCAGGAUGGGCUUGGCUUGCAUAUAGAGCAAGCAAAUUUGAUGCGGAAAAUGCAGAAAAUCCUCCUUCACCAGAUGAGGACAACAAGCUAGUGGUGAUCAAGAGUCCUAAUGCUGUGAACCCCCUUGUUUGGGGAUGUUAUUAUCCACUUCUUACCAUUGAUGUUUGGGAGCAUGCUUACUACCUUGAUUUUCAGAACCGGCGUCCUGAUUAUAUAUCAGUGUUCAUGGAUAAGCUUGUUUCCUGGGAUGCAGUGAGCUCUAGACUUGAAGAAGCUAAGGCUUUAAUUACCAGUACAUGAUGCUAAAUUGGAUGAAGAAUAAGUUAUUUACCCUGGUAGUGAUGAUGAAUUGGAUGGCGUGAUAAGGAAGAGUGAACUAUUUUUAGUUAGAAAGUGUAACAUGGCACAUCCUUUAAACUUAAGACAGUAUCAGGUUUAAAUCACUUCAGACUGCAGAUUAUGUAUUGUAUGGUCAGAAAUCUUAGUUUUGGUUCUCUUUGCAACUACGUGAAUUGUUAACAAUAAGAUUGCUUAUUGCUUAUGCAUGAACAAUCAACAAAAUAAUGCUAUGGUGUAGAACUUUUUCACAUUACUUUUA